CCAGAACCCUGGCUGGAUGAUGUCACAGACAGGUGACCUCACUGCGGCAAAGGAACCGGGAAUCUCAGUGGCAUGGGGGAGGAGGGAGGAUGUGUCCCCACCACCCCAACCCCCCAUGUCUGUGGUGAAAUCGAUCGAAUUAGUGUUGCCCAAGGAUGCCAUCUACCUGGCCGGCUCCAGCAUCAAAGGGCAGGUGGUUCUAAUUCUGAACAGCACCCUGGUGGACCCUAUUGUGAAGGUCGAGCUCGUGGGAAGGGGCUAUGUGGAGUGGAAUGAAGAAAUCGGGGCGUCACGUGAUUAUAGCAGAGAUGUUAUUUGCAACAACAAGGCCGACUAUGUGCACAAGAUGAAGACAUUCCCAGUAGAGGAUAAUUGGUUAAGUGCAGGCAGCCACACCUUUGAAUUCCAUUUCAGCUUACCUCCCAGGCUUCCUUCUACCUUCACCAGCAAAAUCGGCCGUGUCUUCUACUUCAUGCAAGCCUCCUGCGUGGGCCGGGAGCACAUUCUGGCAAAGAAGAGGAUGUACUUGUUGGUUCAAGGGACUUCGGACUUCCACAAAGAAAACCCAUUGCAGAAUCCUCUGCUGGUAGAGGCUGAGAAGAAGGUCUCCUACAACUGCUGCGGCCAGGGUACCAUCUGCCUACAAAUCCAGAUGGAAAAGAACACCUUCGUCCCAGGGCAGAGGAUCAUCUUCACCACGGAGAUCAACAACCAGACCGGCAAGUGCAUCAAGACGGUCAUCUUCGCCCUCUACACCCAUGUGCAAUACGAGGGCUUCACCCCCAACGCGGAGCGGCGGUUGCGGGUGGAAAGCAGUGAGCUGCUCCGGCAGGAGGCCAACACGCAGAUCACACCUUUCGACACCACCAAGAUCGUCAGCACCUUCAACCUCCCGCAGGUGCUGUCCGUGAGCAGCAGCCUGCAGGACGGCGAGAUCAUGAGUACCCGCUAUGAGCUGGUCAGCGCGGUCCACCUGCCCUGGUCCCUGACCAGUGUGAAGGCCAAGGUUCCCAUCAUCAUCACCAGUGCCCCUGUGGACCCAGACAGCUGCCCGAUGCUGGAGUGCCAGGAUUAAGUGCCCAAACUUCUAAAUAUUAAAAGCUUUAUCGGACUCUA